AUGAGAACCGCCAGUGAUAUGCCCCUCAUCAGCGGCCAGCCCCGUCCAAACCAUCCAACCCCUCUUUCCUCCCACACACUGCAGAACCCACAGCCUUCUACUACACUGCCUUCGCGCCCCGGCUCCUCUGCUACUACCAAUGCCUCACCUACCGACACCGACAUGGAGGGCCAUGCCAGGCACGCCCGCCCUGCUUCGGUAGCCUCGCAGUCUGCCCGACCCAGCUUCCUGCGCGCCAGAAGUGACUUUGGCCUACGCCAUCCCGCGCACAACGCUGACCAGGCCGACGAGGGCAGUGUCGACGGCCAUUUCAAGAUCCGCCACGGGUGGGACGACCAGCUGAACUCGGAAGAGUACAGUAAUCUGCUGACCUCUAACUUCUUCAUGUACUACACGGACAAGAAGCACGAAACGGGCGGCCACCCCAAGCACGAGGACGCCGCCCCCCCUGUCCAGGAAUGGCGCAUGCGCGAUCGCCUCAAGACCGUCUCCGCCGUCCUCGCCCUCUGUCUAAACAUUGGAGUUGAUCCACCCGAUGUCAUCAAGACCAAUCCCUGUGCAAAGGAAGAGUGUUGGAUAGAUCCCACCGUCACCUCCCAGACGCCCGGACACACACCCAUGAAUCAGAUUGGAAAGGCGCUGCAGACACAAUAUGAGCAGCUCAGCAUGCGCACUCGCUACAAGUUGCUACUCGACCCCACCACCGAGGAAACACGCAAGUAUACCUCGACCUUACGGCGUAAUGCCCGCAAUGAGAGAGUUCUCUUCCACUACAACGGCCACGGCGUUCCCAAGCCAACCUCUUCCGGCGAGAUCUGGGUAUUCAAUCGCAAUUACACCCAGUACAUUCCUCUGUCACUGUACGAUUUGCAGACCUGGAUCGGCGCACCCAGUCUGUUCGUUUACGACUGCUCGGAUGCCGGUCUCAUCAUCAGCAACUUCAACCGGUUUGCAGAGAAGCACCAGGCAGAAUUCGAGGAAACCCGACGAAGAGAUCCCAAUGUUGAAUAUGUCAACUUCAGUGACUGCAUCCACCUCGCCGCAUGCAGAGAAAAAGAGUCCCUUCCUACAAAUCCAGAGCUGCCUGCAGACAUCUUCACGUCCUGCCUGACAGACCCGAUCACCAUGGCAGUGCGAUUCUUCAUUCUGCAAAAUCCACUGCCGAGCAAGGUCACCGUACAAGACGCACACAACAUUCCCGGCAAGGUUUCUGAGCGUAGAACGCCCAUUGGUGAGCUUAACUGGAUCUUCACAGCCAUCACAGAUACCAUUGCCUGGAAUUCUCUUUCUAAGCCUCUGUUCAAGAAACUGUUCCGCCAGGACCUGAUGGUGGCAGCACUAUUUCGCAACUAUCUACUGGCUCAGCGCAUCAUGCGUACCUAUCACUGCCAUCCUGUCUCGCAUCCGGAGAUUCCACAGACGCAUGACCAUCCCCUAUGGCGCAGUUGGGAUCUUGCAGUCGAGCUUAUCCUAGCCCAGCUACCAGAUCUUCAGGCAGAAGCUCGGGGCGAAAAGGAUUAUGAGUACAAGCACUCGAGUUUCUUUUCCGAGCAAUUAACCGCCUUCGAGGUCUAUCUUACUCAGGGCGCUGUCGAGCAAAAAGUACCAGAACAGCUUCCAAUAGUGCUUCAGGUUCUUCUGAGUCAGGUACAUCGCCUAAGGGCGUUGAUUCUUCUCUCGAGCUUUUUGGAUCAUGGUCCAUGGGCUGUGAACCUCGCGCUCAGUAUCGGUAUCUUUCCCUAUGUCCUCAAAUUAUUGCAAUCGCAGGCCAAUGAGCUCAAGCCUGUCAUGGUUUUUAUCUGGGCUCGCAUCUUGGCAGUCGACCAAUCCUGCCAGGCUGAUCUGCUCAAAGACAACGGAUAUCAGUACUUCAUCAACAUUUUCAAUCCGAACUCCGGGAUUCCGAUCCAGAAUGCAAGCGAACAUCGUGCAAUGUGCGCUUUCAUCGUCUCCAUGUUUUGCAAAGACUACAACCAAGGCCAACGCGCGUCUUUGAGCGCAGAGCUGGUGGAGAGCUGUUUAGAUCAUCUGAAAGAUAUACAGAAUCCUUUGUUGAGGCAAUGGUCCUGUCUCUGCUUAAGUAAGUUGUGGGUCAAUUACGAAGAAGCAAAAUGGGUUGGUAUACGUUGCAUGGCACAUGAGAGAUUGUGCGAACUUGUCAUGGACCCUGUGGCUGAAGUGCGGGCUGCCAUGCUCCAUGCACUCACAUCUUUCCUGGGCAUCCGAGACGUGACCGCCCAGGUAGCCAAUAUCGAGGAAUCCAUCGCUUCCAUGGUGCUUGUAAUGACUAUGGAUGGUAAUAGUAUGGUACGGCGCGAGCUGCUGAUCUUCUUCUCUACAUUUGCUGCUCGCUACAAGACACGUUUUAUAGUCGCAGCUUUUGAACAUAUUCGCGAUGAGAAGAUCAGUCUUGCCUCAGCACCGCCAGAGGAACGAGGUGGAGACUCGCUUUAUAUGAAGAAGCAGCGAGCUCCGCCAACCGGUGACGCUCCUGGAUCUAGCUCGUGCUCUCAGAAUACCAUAUAUGCGGCUAUAUGGAAGGAGCUACUGGUGAUGUCGGUCGAUCCACAUCCUGAAAUCGCAAAGGAUGCGGGCAUCGUGGUCGACUAUGUGCUGAUUGCUCUGAUGGAGUCGUCGCUCGCCAAAUUCGUUCAGCCUCAAUUGGAGGAGACACUGAACCAAGCACCUGUAGCUCGCCCUGUUCGUCGCCCGCAAGAAGAGCUCGUCGCCCCUCCCAAGAGCCCCAAUCCUUCCACAUCGACAAAGGACUCCUCUUACCUGUCCUUGUUUGGUGGAAUGAGGAAGUCUACGAGCGUUGGCGCAUCGCUGAAAAGUCUGUGGACCGGAACUGACUCUGCCUCGUCUACUCAGCGAUCUGGAGGAAGAAGCAGGCUGGAGGACUCAUCAUCAUCUGCGACCGAAGUCCGCCCACAGACACCAGAGAGAUACCACGUCGAGGAAGAACCAAGACCUCGUGGUUUCAAGCCUCGGAGUCUAGCGGAGAAGCCGGAAAUACCACUAAAAAGCGUCUUCUUCGAGUGGUCAGUGGAGUAUUUCCGUGAGCCUCAGAUGAAGCCAACGGAAGCCGAUGAGCCCGGCAGUACAGAUUAUAACGGUCGACUCUGGCGACGCAAUCGUAAUGACAAAAUCAUCGCUGAAACACAGCCGAUGAAGGAAAUCGCUGUGUCAAAUCGGUGGGACGUACCUCGCGGGUACUUUGACAAUCUCAGUCAGCCUCACAAGAUGUGUUUCCAUCAAUUCGAGGACCAUCUGGUAGUAACGGACGCGCGAGAUACUGUUAACAUAUUCGACUACUCCAAGUCGGUAAGCAGAAUCAAUUGCUUCUCGAAUGGCAAUCCACCGGAUUCAAAGAUAACCGACGUUCGUUUCAUUAACGAGGACGAUCAAGCCUUGUUAAUGACAGGAUCGUCGGACGGUGUCAUCAAGAUCUUUCGCAAUUACGACCACAAGGACAAGACUGAGUUGGUGACGGGCUUCCGUGCUUUGACAGAUCUUGUGCCCAGCAACAAGAAUGCUGGUCUAGUCUUCGACUGGCAACAGGGAAGAGGAUCCAUUCUGGUCGCGGGAGAUGUAAAGGUGAUCCGAAUAUGGAAUGCAGGGACCGAAGUGUGCACAAGUGACCUUCCUGCAAGAUCAGGAUCAUGUAUCACGUCCUUGACCUCGGAUCAAGUCGAGGGCGACGUCUUUGUUGCUGGCUUUGGUGACGGUGCAAUCCGAGUAUACGACCAACGUCAGAAGCCUGCUACUGCGAUGGUCAAGGUAUGGAAAGAGCAUAGACAAUGGAUCACAAACGUUCACCUACAACGCGGCGGUCAACGAGAACUUGUGAGCGGCUGCCGUAGCGGAGAGGUGAAGCUUUGGGACAUACGUAUGGACCGAAGCGUCAAGACUAUACAGGCGACAACCGAUCACCUGAGGACGCUGAGUGUGCACGAACAUGCGCCAGUGUUUGCGACCGGGACCCAGAGACACCGAGUCAAGAUCUUCAACUUGCAUAACGGAGAGACUGUAUCACACUUCGAACCCUACUCUGGAUUCCUGCGUGAUCGCUCUGCUCCGAUUGCUGCUACAGCAUUCCAUCCGCAUCGUUUGAUGAUUGCGGCAGCUGCUGUACACGACAAUCAUGUCAACAUAUUCUCCUGUCACGAGCCUAAGCAGUCAACCGUGAAGAUGGUCAAGUUGUGGGAGGGAGGCACGACAUCAUCGAGUCGGGCUUCUAUUCACGGCUAA